AAAAUAAAAGUAGGCAUAUAUAUAUGGACCAAGUCGGAUUCUACGUCAUUCGGAAUAGUAACCAUUAUGGAAUAGGGGACAACAAACAGAGUUUCCUUGUAAGCGGUGCUGCAAAACAGCCUUUCAAGAAAAACAAGUUAAACUUUACCAUGCCAAAAACUUGUUGUGUUCCUGGUUGUCACACAAAUAAAGCAAAAAAUCCAGAACUUGAAUUUUAUUGUUUUCCAGCAAAAGAAUAUUUACGGAGAAAGUGGAUAAAUGCUAUUCACCGAGUGAGUGAGGAUGAUAAUUCCGGUAACGUAAACCACAACAAAAUUUGGUCUCCUAAAUCAAAGUCAACCUAUGUCUGUUCCUUGCACUUUAUAUCUGGGAAAAAAGAACAUUUCGAGAAACACCCAGACGCUAUACCUUCUAAGUUACCGUGGAAAAAUCAAAAAUCUCUGUCAAAAAAAAAAUCACCUAGUCACAUAAUGAUCUCAUCACUUAUUCAAUCAAAUUCACCUUGUACAUCUGGUAACAUACAAAGUAGAAUAAGAAGGACAUCAGCUAAAAGGCAAUUGAUUAACGAUUUUAAAUCUGAGGAAAAAGAAAUAUCAAGUGAUUUAUAUAAUUUUAAUGUUGGAGUUGGUUGUUCUGUUACUAAUGCAGCAAUUAAGCCUGUUACUGGCAGUGUGAUUUUGCAAUUACCUGUGGCUUUGCAAUCUUUUUCAUCACAACCAAAUUUUUCUUUACAAUCACCUGUAACGACUUCAGAAAGAGAGGAACUUUAUUUUGAAAUAAAUGAACUAAAAAAUGAAAGGGAUUGGUUAAAAAUAAAAAAUAUUGAAUUGAAAUUAACUGUAUUCCCAUUUUCUUUAGAAGCCUUGAAGCAAAAUCCUUCAUUUUGCAUGAUGCUGACUGGAUUAAAUUAUAAAGUGUUAGAAAAGAUAUUAGUUUAUAUAUGUGAAAACACAUUUGAGUUUGGAAAACCAACAAAACUUAGCAAACCUGAUCAGGUUAUUAUUACCAUAAUCAAGUUAAAGCAAAAUUUAAAUUUUGAUUUGAUUGCAUACCUUUCUAAUGUUAGCAAAACAACCAUAAUUGAAUAUUUUUAUAAAUGGCUUGAUACAAUGUAUUCGAAACUCAACUUUCUCAUAAAAAUGCAAGAUCGAGAUAACAUAUACGAUACAAUUCCUGGUGUUUUUAAAGCAAAAUUUCCACGUUUAACAUCUAUAAUUGAUUGUUUUGAGACGUUUGUUGAAGCACCAUCUUCUCUUUUAGCAAGGGCUCAGUUUUACAGUCAAUACAAAAAGCAUUGCACAAUCAAAGUAUUAAUUUCCUGUACUCCUACAGGUGCUAUAAAUUUUUUGUCAAAGUGUUAUGGAGGUAGAGCUUCUGACUUACAAAUUGCACGUGAAUCUGGAUUUGUAAAUAAACACAUGCCAGGAGACCAAAUCUUAGCAGAUCGUGGAUUCACUCUUCAAGAUGACUUUGCUGCUGGGAGUUCUGCUGAGUUGUUAAUUCCGGCCUUUACACGGGGUAAAAAUCAGCUGUCCGCCAAAGAAGUAGAAACAUCAAGAAAAAUUGCUUCUGUUAGAAUCCAUAUUGAACGCCUAAUAGGAUUGAUGAAAAGCAGGUACACUAUAUUGAAAGGUGUCAUACCAUUGAAAAUUAUAAAAAAUAUUAAAGGUGAGAAUGCAAACUGUAUUUUGGCAAACUGUGACAAAAUAGUUUCUGUGUGUGCUGCUCUGACAAAUUUAGGAGAAAGCAUUAUAAAUAAUGAUAUGUAAAUAUGACAUUGAA